GGCGAGAGAGCACCUCCCCUACGCCAAUGGGGCGGACGCCAGGGCAUUUGUCGACAGCGAUGAGGCGGCACGCUCGCAGGGCCUUGAUGUUGUCCCAUGGGACGAUGGUGUUGGCCAGGGUAGAGACGAGCGAGGCCACAGCCGCGCGGAGGCGGCCGCUCUUGGCACCGUAUCGGAGGAGGAAGGUCUGCCAGAAGUUCGCAUCGCCACCGGUCGGUCCAGCGCUCCCACUGAGGCUCCGUGCCGCUCGCCCACGGAUUGCCCAAUGGAUUGCAUGCUUACCAUCUUGACGACGAGUUCGGGUCCUCUGGGUACGCCCUGGAGGUCCUCGUCGCCAUCGAUGUCUGGUGCCGCCCCCUCUGCAUUGGCACACGCUUGCCAGGUCACUCCGUACCCGCCCGCUCCCAAAUGACGAAUAGUAUUGAAGUUGUGGACGAUGAAGGCCGGAACUUGCGGCGCUGCCGCCGCCGCCGCCGGAUGAGCCAUCUCCGCAGGCAAGAGGGACAACUCGAUGAGGCGGAAGCGAUGCGACAGAGACUUUGCGAAGAGAUGACGCAACCAGCAGAGAGAAAAGAGAGCUUUCUGC